AUGGCAUGCACAGAGGGCUUUACUGUUGUUUGUGGCCGUUCUGGUUGGUGUAGCAUCCAUGCCACAUGGGUGCCACCUUUGGGACUCAUUAAUUACUCGCCUCUACAGCUGGGAGCGGCCCUACAGCCGUUCCCAGAGCGGUUGUUUCACCGGGUUAGCCGGCUGAGGCGGUCCUGUGUGAUGUCAUUGACACUCCGGACCGAGCUCCAGGUGGAGCUUUUGACCGCUUUCUUGAAUACCCGUGGUCCGAGGGCGAUUCUUUCCUCAGACUCUUACCCUCUGGACCACAGUCCUGUUGUUAUAGAGCUUCUUUUGGGCACUCUCUCUGUGCCAGUCGCUUCGUUGUCACUGCGCUCAAUAUAUUAUUGA